AUGAGCCACUGGAUCGCAACUCUUCUUGCUUUCGUUCUCAUCGCCAACGCGUUCGCAGCUCUCUCCACUGGAGCAGAUGUUGGAGCUUCAGAUGACGUCGCAUCGUACGUCGUCCCAUUCUAUGGAAUGGAGAAGAAAUGGUCUCGUCGUGAGCCAAGCAUCAGGUUCUUCAAGAGAAACAAUGGAGGACAAGACUUCCCACCAUCUCGGUUCUUGUGGGACUACUGA